CCCACAGCCGCGCCGUCGGCGGCGGCGGGUCCCGCCCGGGGAGGCGGCGGCGGGCGGAGGGUGGGGAAGGGGGAGGCGGGGAAGUGCGCUGCCUCCCGAGAGAGGAAUCAAACGGGGGCAGAGAGAAAGGCGAGGAGGAAGGGAGGGAAGCCGGGGCCGGGGCCGGGGCCGGGCUGGGGAGCGUCCCGGGUCCCGCCCCGGAGCGCCCGCGUCGCCUCCGCGCCGCCACCGCGCCGGCAAAGCCACUCGCGGCGGCCGCGACCCGCCGGCCCGCGCCCAUGUGCUCCGCGGAGCCGCGGCGGGGACCGCCGGCGCCCAGCCUGGACCUGUAUCUUCAUGAUGGGAGAAAACAUCAUCAUGGCUGUUAAGGUCCGAGCUUCUCCCGGAGCGAGGAUUUAUCAGGGCUGAGAGACUCUAGAUUAUCCAUAAACCUCCUCUAAAAUACCUUGGCGCCUCCUUCUCUCCCCGUCGUGAGUGGUCUUGAGUGCGGAUACUAAGAUGGCAUCCAGCCUCACCUGUGCUGGCAUCAUCUGGGCCUUCCUCUCCUUCCUCUGCGCUGCUGCCUCCUGCGUGGGGUUCUUCAUGCCCUACUGGCUCUUGGGGUCUCAGCUGGAGAAGUCGGUUUCCUUUGGCACUUUCCGGAGGUGUUCGUACCCAGUGCGGGACGAGAGCCUCCAGACGACCGUGAUGGUGGAGCAGUGUGGCCGCUACGCCUCCUUCCAGGCCAUCCCAAGCGCUGAGUGGAGGAUCUGCACGGUGGUGACAGGGCUGGGCUGCGGGCUGCUCCUCUUGGUGGCCCUGACGGCGCUCAUGGGCUGCUGUGUGUCUGAGCUCAUCUCCAGGACUGUGGGCAGGGUGGCAGGAGGCAUCCAGUUCCUGGGGGGUUUGUUGAUUGGCUCUGGUUGUGCUCUCUAUCCUCUUGGCUGGGACAGUGAAGAAGUAAGACAAACCUGUGAUAACCUUUCUAACCAGUUUGAACUGGGGACCUGCGAAAUCGGCUGGGCCUACUACUGCACCGGCGGCGGGGCGGCGGCGGCCAUGCUGAUCUGCACCUGGCUGGCCUGCUUCUCCGGCAAGAAGCAGAAGCAGUACCCGUACUGAGUGGGAGCCGGGCUGCCGGGACUCGCCAGCAUCCUCCAAGAAACGACGGACGCGGGACUUAUAAGUGCUUUAGCUCCUUUUGCAGGAAGCGGGUGCAGACAGCGGGGAGCAGGCGGCAGGCCGAGGCCACGCGCAGCGGCAGGGACGGGCCGGCCUUUCCUGCCGGGCCUCCCUGGGGCCGCCUCUGGAAAACGCGACUCUGCGAGCAAGGGAAGCUCCGUUCUGGCAAAUCGUGAAAAUCCACGUGCACCCAUUAGUUGAAAGAUUGGUGGAAGCAAGAUGGUGUUGGAGGGCCGGGGCAGCUCCCUGUGGUCCCUUCAGCGCAGCGCCCCUGAAAGCACACUCACACACACACUCACACACACACACUCACACUCACACACACACACUCACACACAUGGACGUUGACCAUGGCACAAAACGAGCAGAGAGGAGACUUCUCGGCGCGGUUCUUUCUUCUCCUUUUUUUUUUAAUACUCCUUUCUGGUGGUUUAAGAUUCAGUGUUACGACACUUUUUAACCUAUACGUUAAACUUAAUACAAGGACCAACAAGCCACUUUAUCAGUAUUUUGUAUAUUCUCUAUUUUCUCCCUAGACAUUUAGCCACUGCUUAUUCAGCCCUAUAGAACUUUUAUUAAGCUUCUGUGUUAUCAGCAUUAUUACAAAAAUGCAACAUAAUUACUUGGCAUAUGUAGCCUUUGCCUAUAGUACUUUUAUGAAGUGCAGUAAAUGGACGUUUUUCUGUCCAUUGAAAAUUCCACUUAUGGUACUGUAGAACUCUGUUGGUUAUGUAAGACUAACAGGAAACUUCUUCCAGACAUAGAUUUUGUCACUGUUAUGUUUAGCUCAUUGAUGUCGUAUUGUGCUGUACCAUGUUUAUUAUUUCAAUAUUCAUUUUUUGUAAAAAAAAAUAUAUAAAUGUGCUAUUUUAUGUUUGUAUUUGAAAAUCUCUGUAAAUAAAUUUUUCCUUGAUCAAUA